CCAGCCAGGACAGCAGUGAUAUUUCAGUUCCUGGUUGAAAACACCUCUAGACUUGAAGAUUCCCCUUAAUAGCAUCAACACCAGAGAAGGCUACAAUGUUGACCUCAGCCAAAAUUCUGUUGAUUUCAACUUUCUUUAGUUUACGACUAUCUGGAAGCCAUGGGGAAGAAGGUCUAGAAACAAACACAACACAAAGCAUUGCAGAAGGCUUGAACAAAGUGGUAAAUGAAUCUGUUCCUUUUGGAACUGAAGCAAAUUUAAACUCAGAUAAAGAAAAUAGAGAAACUGCCUAUCCCAAGGCAAAUAAUUCUUCUCCUGUGGAUCCAUCAAAUAAAAUCCACAGAAUAACACAUUCCUUCAAUAAUUUAUCAGCAGACAACUUUACUGGGAGUCCAAGACACACACCCAUGUUCUCCAUCAGCCCUCCCUUGAUCCACAGCUUUGUUGCUAAAUUGCCUUGGAACUCAUCUAUAGCAGAUGAAAAUCCUCUGCCAGUCUCAGCACCUCCCAAUGCUACACGUGCCGUAUCUUCAGAAAAUUUCACUUGGUCUUCGGCCAAUGACACCAUGAAAACUCCUGACAGCAGUUCCAUUACAGUUAGCAUCCUCCCUCCAGCACCAAACACCAAGUCUGUGACCCAAAUGACGAUGGAACCAGAUGAAUGGCUCGCCCCAACCAGUGACAGCUCGGUGGGGUUUACUCCCUUUCAAGAAACAACAACUCUACAGCCCACCUUAAAAUUCACCAAUAAUUCAAAAAUCUUUCUAAAUACAUCAGACCCCCAAGAAGAGAACAGAAAUACAGGAGUAGUAUUUGGAGCCAUUUUAGGUGCUAUUCUGGGUGCUUCAUUGCUUAGUCUUGUUGGCUACUUGUUGUGUGGAAAAAAGAAAACAGAUUCAUUUUCCCAUCGGCGACUUUAUGACGACAGAAAUGAACCAGUGCUGCGAUUAGACAAUGCACCGGAACCGUAUGAUGUAAGUUUUGGGAAUUCUAGUUAUUAUAACCCAACUGUGAAUGACUCAUCCUUGCCAGCAGGCCGAGAAAAUGCACGUGAUGGCAUUCCUAUGGAUGAAAUACCUUCACUUCGUACCUCAAUGUAAAACUAAGGGAAAAAGGCUUCAGACAGCAAAUGUUCGCCCACAUCCUGGCCUUUCCACAAACCCAUCUUCCAAAAGCUGAAGCAAGAUCGCUGUCAUGUGGCUUGUGCCAAGGAGAACUGUAAAAGCGUGAGACUAGUAGCAGAAACAUAAAGAGAGGAUAAAUCAUCCAAAAAGUUUCCUUCCUUACCAUUUUUGGCUGUGCUGAAGCAUCUAAUGAGUAACCUUGAUUUGUAUUUUGGUCUAUUUUUUUCUUAGUAGGAAAUGUUUGUGGAAUCAGGUAAAACUAAAUGAUUUCACCAUGAUUGCCCUGCCUGAUAAUUUAAUUUAAAAAUCCUUCAAUGAAAAUAGGGACCCAAAACUACACUUUCACAUUUUUUUUUUUGUGGACAGAAACAAAUGGAUUGACUCUUUACUGUCUCCUCCUCACCCCCACCCACUGUAGUCCUAACGCCAUGCAUCACGACUGGCAUUCUCUUGAAGAAAAAUUGGAAGAGUGAUUUUUUUUUUUUUUUUUUUAAUUUCCACUUAAGGCUAGAAAGAGAGUGUGGCACAGAGUUUCUGUUCCUGGGAAAUUAAGGUAAUGGGAGAGAGACCUGUAUUCAGUACCUUUUACUUCUCUGUAUCAGGGGAUACAUGGUCAGCCCCUUGACUUGCCAAGUUGACAAUGACUUGCAUUCAACAAGGCCAUGGUAGAAAUCUGAUCCUAACCAGGAAAGUAACUGAUUCUCUUCAAAUGGUGAGGCAUUCCAACCUGUCUGAUUUACUCUAGGCCUCAGUUAAUUGGGUCUUUUAGAAAUUCUAUGAGAAACAUGGUGAAAAAAGUCAGCCAAAGCAUAUACCUGUACAUAAUUUUUACUUUUAAGAUGUUAGAUAGGAACGGGAUUUAUUACGUAUUAGACAUUAUUGCUCAAUCGUAUAUGGGAUAGAUUCUGCAUCUCUAAAUGUAUGAAGUAUAAGGUUAAAAUAAUAGAUGAAUGGAGAUAUUAAGCAAACAAAAAAACUUUCUGAGCCCCACCUUCAAGAGCAAAACAACAAGAAGCCUAACUAAUUUGGAUUCUAGUAUGUUUCAAUUAGUUUUUAAUUACUACCUGCUUUUGGUAGGAAAAAUACAUUCCUUAGCAUAGUAAGGUUGAGGCUUUAGGGAUUACAGGAUUAGAUCAAGGGUUAAAAUUCCCAAAGAAGCAGUGAAUGUGUAAAGACGGCAACCAAAGCAAGAGACUUUGUUGUUGAAUGGAUACAUGGGGUGUGUGUGGGUGUGUGAAGAAAUGCAGCAACAGCCUCAGAAAAUAAGGGCUAGGAAGUAAGUAAUGGAAGAACAUACUUACCCCAUAUUGCCAUAAAAAUAGCAAAGAAGACUGUCCCUCCAUUAUCAAACAAAUAUGUCACCUUAAUGGAAAACAAACAAAAAUAUUAGUCACACUAUUGGUUAUAAUAAUCCAGUGAUUGCUGCUUGCACUUAGGUCCUACGGUGUUUUUUUCUCCCAAAGGAAUUGCCUUAUUUUGUAGUUUGUAAAUAUAAGCUAUGAGAUGCUUCCAUGGGUCCUGCAACUGUUUCAUGUGAUUUUCUCCUGGGAGAGGGGAGGAAUCAGCAGGUUUCUCCUUUUCUUCUCUCUUGCCUUGGAUUCCCUUUGGACUCCACCUUCAUUUCUGCUCAGAAGUGGUCCUAGUGCCCCAAGGAAGUAUUUGUGGGCCACAGAUAGUCCAGCUAUGCUGUCAGCUGUAAGAAGUGAGCUCUUCAGUUUAGGCAUACCUAGUGGCACAUCCUGUUAGUGAAACUUCCAGGAUUGGGGAUGUUGCAAAAUGCAGACUUCCACCAGUGAGCCAGCACUUCCAACGGAAAGGAAUCCCAGUGCUGUCCCUACUCUCUGAUGUCUCAGAAUGUGCCGUGGGUCAUGUAGUGGCCAUAGGAAGUAAUGAAUCCCACUUUAAGUUGUUUUUAAGAAGUGUCAUAAAUCACUGGACAUUUAGGAUGUAGUCAAAAUGUGUUUGAAUCAGACAUUACCUGAGGUUUUAUAAAGAACAAUGUACAAUUAUACGAUGUUCCUGAAUACAACUAUCAGGGUUGUGAGGAUUGUUUGAUUUUAAUAAAGUGUAAAUUC